CUUUAUCUAAGCAUCUUCCAUCAUUUUGUUAAAACCACAAUAUGAGGUUUAUCACUUUGUCUUUCUUUCUUUCAACUAUAGUAGCUGUGACAGUGGCCUCUACUUCCAAUAAUGUAGAGGUCAUAAGCCAAGUGGUAGAGAUCCACCGUCUAAGGCCACAGACUGGCGCUGCUGGUUAUCCCGUCCCGCAAUUGGACUGCCUAAGUUGGCGCCUAGGGGUGGAGACCAACAACCUUCGGGAUUGGAAAAUGGUGCCAGGUGCUUGUGAAAACUAUUUAGGUUACUACAUGAUCGGCAAACAAUAUCGUCAUGACUGCGAGGCCGUAGCCGAUGCUGCUAUUAAGUACGCCAAAGGCCUCAAACUUGGCGGCGAUGGCAGGGAUGUCUGGGUCUUUGAUAUUGACGAGACUACUCUCUCCAAUCUUCCUUUCUAUGCUCGAUCAGACGUUGCCUUUGGGGCAAUACCGUUCAACAGUGCGAAGUUUAAUGAGUGGGUGAGCGAGGGAAAAGCACCAGCUAUUCCAGCAAUACUUCGUUUAUACAAGGUGGUGUUGUCUCUUGGGAUCAAGCCCGUUUUUAUAACAGGAACUCCAAUGUUCACCAGAAAAGCAAGAAUUUCCAAUCUAAAGAAAGCUGGUUAUACUUAUUGGUUAUGGCUCGUUCUAAAGGAAAAAAAUGAUUCACCAAAGUCAGCGGUGUUCAAAUCGAGCAAGAGAACGGAGCUGGUAAAAGCUGGAUAUAGAAUUGUUGGCAACAUUGGAGACCAAUGGAGUGAUCUGAUAGGAGAAAACGUGGGUUCUCGUACUUUCAAAGUCCCUGAUCCUAUGUACUACAUUGGUUAAUAACCGAGACCACUCUCUUUCUGUUUUAAGCACUUAAUAGUAGGAGUAAUUAAUAACAAAAGGAGUGGCUUUCUAUGUUGUGACUUGUGAGACGCUAAGCUCACUGUUCCAGUAUCAAUGUAACGUCAUUUACUUUUCGGUCCUUUUACUAAUACUAGUAUUUAUUAAUAAUGA